AUGGUGUCAAAAUUGGCAGAGCUAACAACAGCAUUAAAAACUAUUAAUGACGGCAAUGUUAAGCUAUUGUUACUACAGCCGACAGACAAUCUUACUAUUGGUUUUGUGCAAGACGAAAAGUCGUUGGCACCGUUGUUCGACGAGGCUCAAGCUGAUCGCUGCAUCACGUGGCACUUCGCGUCUGAUCAAUCAGACAUAGUCUCAGCCGAUUCGUGGGAAGAUUUGGAUGUGGAAGAUAUCAACAUUUUGCAGACUGAAGGAAAAAUGCAACUACGGUCACUAAGCCUCGCGUCGUGUCUUGAUCGUUCCAGCCAUUUCCUUACGCACCUGACGACAGUUCAUCCGAGUCUAGAGCAUCUUAAGAUUAUUGAUUGUUUUGAUAAUGCAGCAAUUGAACAGUGUGCUGCGCUAUUGAAACAACUCGCCCGUUCUCGAGCUCUUAAAACGCUGCACUUUUCAUGGUGCUGCUGGCUUACGACCGAAAUGCUCGUAACGUUUGCGUAUGAAUUGCUUGAGCCCCCCGUGUCUCCGCUACAGGAACUGCUUGUGUCGGAUUGCUUUGACGUACUAGGAGAUUAUGUGCAGAGCUAG